AAGUCUUUCAAUCAUAUGGUCAAUAAUUCCUAGCAAUAUCACUAAUACUUCACGUUUUCAGAACUACAGGAGCUGUCUUAUUUUCAUACUCUAAAAUUCUUUGCCGUUUAUUAAGAGGUCUUAACGUCAAGUUCAGUAUAACAGCUCAAUGCAAUGGGUUUAGGUUCCAGCAAACAGCAAAUUAUGCCAGUGACACGAGAAUUUGUUAAAGAACUCAUCGGCUCUGACACUGUUGUGAUUUUCUCUAAGACAUACUGCCCCUAUUGUACAAUGGCUAAACAGGUAUUUGACAAGCUCAAACAGAAGUAUACAGCAGUUGAACUUGAUAAUCGGGAUGAUGCUGAUGAAAUUCAGGCAAUUCUAGGAGAAAUUACUGGGGCAAAAACUGUACCCAGGGUUUUUGUGAAGGGGGAAUUCAUAGGUGGAGGUAGUGACGUUAAGCAAUUGUUCGAAAGUGGAGAACUUGUGAAGAAACUUUAACUUGGAAAUGUUCUAUGCUGCAAUUCACAAAUUUUUACGCUUAAAGAUCACCAAUAUUCAAUAUUUCUAGCAAUUUCGAUGUGUAAAUUCAAUUUUUGUGAACCCUAAUAAAGGAAAAUAUUAUAAUUUGUUA